AUGAAGCGGGGCGCGCUGCUGGCGCUGCUGGCGGGCUACCUGCUGGCGCAAGAGCUGCCCCCGGGCCCGGCCCCCCCCCCGCCGCCGCCGCCGCACCUGGGCAGCAUCGUGAUGCUCUCGGGGGGCAACCGCAGCCGGGCCCCCCCGCCCUCGGCGCCCCCGCCGCCCUCCUCGGCCCCCCCGCCGGGCCCCGAGGAGUGCCGGGGCUACUUCGACGUGAUGGGCCAGUGGGACCCGUCCUUCAACUGCUCGGUGCGCGAGUACCCCUUCUGCUGCGGGACGUGCGGCUUCCGCUUCUGCUGCAAGUUCCCCCAGGGCCGCCUCGACCAGGCGCUGUGCACCAACUACAUCAAGCCCCCCUGGCUCAACGGGAGGAAGGCGCCCUCCCGCCCCGCCGACCCCGCCCACGACCCCACCCGCGACAAGACCAACCUCAUCGUCUACAUCAUCUGCGGCGUCGUGGCCGUCAUGGUCCUGGUCGGCAUCUUCACCAAGCUCGGCCUCGAGAAGGCCCACCGCCCCCACAGGGAGCACCUCUCCAGAGCUCUUGCUGAUGUGAUGCGCCCGGAAGCUCCCUGCACCACGGAUCAUAUGGAAAGAGAUCUCAACAUCGUCGUCCAUGUGCAACAUUAUGAAAACAUGGAGACAAGACCGCCGGCUAAUAAUCUGCAUGCCACGCAAAUGAACAACGUGGUGCCGGUGUCGCCCCUUCUCCCUCAGCUGACGCAUCCCCACUCGUACCCAAACAUGGGUCAGAUUACGAAUCCAUACGAACAGCAGCCGCCGGGGAAGGAGCUCAACAAGUACGCAUCCUUGAAAGCAGUAGCAGACAAGGGCAGCGAGGACUUCUACUCGAAGCGACGGCACCUUGCGGAGCUGACUUCCAAGGGGACGCUGCCGCUGCACCCGGUGUGCGUGGAGGAGGACCGCCCGUACGUCCUGGAAGGCGGCACCAUGAAACACAACGGGCAGCGGCCCAAGGCGGCCAAGCCCCACAUGCACCCGCUGGCCUACAAAACCUGGGACCCUAGCGACCAGUCCCUGCGACAGCACGCCUAUGCAACCAAGGGGAGGAACCUGGCGGGGGACCCGUCGGCGGGCGACCCGCUGACCACGCGCAGCCAGCACUACCUGCCGACGCAGCCCUACUUCAUCACCAACAGCAAGACGGAGGUGACGGUGUGAGGACCCCCGACCCUUCUUCUCUGAGGGAGGGGAGACCGAACACAGCCGGAAGAGACUAUCUAUACAAGAAAACAAUUCAUUCAGAAUAAUCCAGAAGGGCGAGGGACACAAAUCCCGGUCAGCGCUACAACACAGCAAUACACCGAAGGUUGUCCGAACUCUGAAUCCCACUCGGGGACCGAGACCUUGCAGUCGUCCUCGCUCUCGCAUUUCCUUCCUGCCUUUUCCCAAAUUAAGAUCCAUGAUGAGAAGUAGCACAAUGUAGACUCACCGCCCAUCCACUUAAGAACGUUGUACGGAGACGGGGACGCAGAGACUUAAGUCCAUACGCACCGGGGGGGUUGGGGGGGUUGGGGUUGGCACUUUUGGGGAUGUUGGUUCAGCGGAGCUGGAAUGAGCAAGCGUUUUGUAUCACGUUUCUGUACCAACGUGGCUCACCAAGCAAGCAAAAAAAACCAAACAAAACAACAUUCUACACAACACACACUCACCAGUCGAACCUGAAAAACCUGCAGAGACUGUUACAAAACUACGAGACAUUCUAGUUUGGAGAAAGCUUUGGAAAGGUUGGGUUUUCUUUCGGUUUUAGAGCAUUUUUUGUUGCCGAAGAAGUUGAAAACGGACGCCACCGAAAGCCACAGGUUCGGAACUCGCCGCGGAACCGAGUUGUUCCGUUUCACCGCCGUCGCGCCACUGUUUCUUUGUUUUGUUUCCUAUCCUUAUUGCUCAAUUUCCUUUGGACCGAAAACAAAUAAGUGUGGGUGGUGCCUUUACCGUAUUACUAAUGUUCAAUGCUAGUCUUGUUUUUAAGUAAAAUCUUGUAUCGGUUCCAGAUUCUUUCCUGUUCGAGGCACUCGCUAGGGUCCCGUUAGGUUCUUUUUUCCCACCCGUUUGGAUGACACACAACACGAUUUUCACGUUUUGCCGGUAUGUUGUAUUUUGCAGACCCUCGGCGUGGCUGCCCGUCGUUCUUGAUUCUCCUGUGAAACCGCUGUACCCAAGAGCCCUUUCCUCGUUUGCAUUCGUGCAAGUGUAAACCGUUUCCAAUUUGUUUCUCUCUCUUUUUCUCUCUGUUAUCGUUGAUCCUAUUUUGCAGGUCCACGUGAUUAAAAAAAAAAAACAACGAC